UGGGUUUCAGUUGUUAAUAAAAAAAAAAAACCACCAAGCUGAAAAAUUCAAGAUGGUCCCAGCUUCCUCCGAACACGGCGCCGGCUCCGCCUCACCGAAGCGGCACUCCGCCACCUUCCUCAUAACCAUCUCCUCCCUCAUGGCUCUGUGUGCCAAGCACGCCAGUCGCGUCUCGAGUAAGCUCAAAGCGAAGCCGGUUAGCAAAAAAUUUUACAAAGAGAGAAGUUACAAUACUUCUUUAUCGGUUCCUCCGAGUCCUGCUCCUAGUUCGAAAUCCCCGUUAAGGGCCCGGCCAAAGCAGCUCAUGACGACGAUAAGCAACAAGGCUAUCAAUUUCAUGCACAAGAAAAAGGUCGACGAGGAGAAGGACGAUGAGAUGAAUUUCCGCGUGUCCCGGGAGGAGGAGUUCGGGGAUGGUGGGGUCUGGCAACGAGCGAUUUUGAUGGGGGAUAAAUGUCAGCCGUUGGAUUUCUCGGGUGUAAUUUAUUAUGACAACAGGGGGAAGCAGCUGAGCGAGGUGCCUUUGAGGUCGCCACGUGCGAGUCCGUUGCCGGGAUAUCUUGCUCGAAGACAAGAGGCGUGACUUUGAUAUAUUGUCACAAGCGGGUGAGGAGUGGAGUUGAGUUAGGUCACGGCUAAACGGUCUUGGUCAACGAGUACGGAAACAUGUGUUGUGUG